AUGUCGCUCACGGCAACGAAUCCAGAAGAUCAGCGCAAUGUUGCCCUUCUCCAGGACCUGCUGCAGAAGCGCGAGUAUCACCUGGCGGAGCUCAUUGAUGAGGUGGUGUUUGCGGAGCAGGAGCGCUUCAAGGCCGUGCAGGAGGCCCACAGUGUGCGCGAGUUGGCCAACAACUUAGAAAACGCCUUCGACAAGCUGCUACAAUAUCACAUUACGAUGCACAAAGAAGUACUGCUGCCCGCGUUGGUGGCAUCUGAACAAGUAAAUGGCGCGAAAGGACGACGCACAUCGACUUCACGUCUGCUAAAUGGAGAAGCGAAAGGAGAGGAGAAUAAUGACACCGAUGAUGGGUCGGGCACCGCAACACCGUCAAACGAUUUCCUCAACGACCUGCUCAACGACCCACAGCUCUCACGGGAAACGAAGCAGUUGUUACAGGCUGUGAUGCAACAACGGAACGGCCGCAGCGCGGUGACGCCCACACCUCAACCAGCUACUCCGCUCCUCUCGACUUCAGCGGUGGCCGGCCCAUUCGAAGGAGGUCGGGCACCUGCGGAAGCAAAUAAGGUAGCGCGACGUGCCACCCACCGCGCCAUCGUUUUGAGCGACUCCCUCCUGCAAAACCAAGAGAAACUCGCGCAGCUCCUGCGCAGUAUACAGGACCAAGCAGAAGAUAUGCUGGAACGCUGGUCAAAGGAUGGAAACGCAGCUGCUGGCAGCCCCGCGCCGCGGCGAGAGGACUCGAAUGGCGUGCGCACCCCUGUCGCUGCGUUUCGGUUGGCAAACUUGUACCAGCACAGUGACCGCGCACGCGAGAUUGAGGCGGCGCUGCGCAGCGUGGAGGAGGAGCGCGAUUCCCUCCAGAGGCAGCUGCGGGAGCGCGAGACCGUCGCGGACCCCCGGGGGAGCAGCGCAGCAGCACAUGCAGAGAAGGAGGCGUGGGGGAAGGAACGGGUGCACUUGAAGCAGGAACUCGCCUUCGCACAGCAGCGCGCGCUGGAGGAACAAGCACGGUGUCGUGAAUUGAAGAAGCAGGUGGCGCAGCUCGAGCAAAUCGCGGCGACGUCUCCGAUUCCGCCCCCUCCACCCUCAGCAGCUCACUCAACCCUCUGCGCCAACUGCGAAAAAACCCGAGCAGAACUCAAAAGAAAGGCAGCGGACUAUCACACCGCCAAGGCUGCGUGGAAGACCAAAGAAGAAAGUCUCGUCAAAGAAGUCGAGGCGUUGCAGCAUCGAAUCGAGGAAGCAGCGGCAGUUGCAGGAACGGCACGCAGUCUUGCACCGCACUCUCCUCCGUCUACCUCGGCGAAAGGAGCCGCGGCGGAGUCACCGCGCUACCCCGCAGGCCCGUCCAGCGAGCGAAAAAUUGGGCAGCUGGAGGCGACUGUCGCAGCGAUGAAAGCGGAUCUGCAAAUCAUGGAGAUGCGCAUGUCGAUUGUGCAGGACGAGCGAGAGGCGGAGCGGCGGCGCCUCCUCGCGGCCCACGAGCAGGAAAGAGAGCGACUUCGACGUGAGAGAAACGAGUGCCAGGCGAUCAUCGACGCGAUGUCGCAUGAGCUGCAAAAGCUGUCUCGCGCAGACGCUGGUGUUCCAGCCAUCACCAGUGCUUCCUUCUAA